UUCACCAGCCUCCCCGCAUUCUCAGCCAGGUGCUGCGCUAGGAGAGGCAGCUCUGGGAAAGCCACGGGCGGGGGGGAGGGAAGCCACGGCCGUAGACACAGGAGAGAAGAGGACCCGAGAAGGCGAAGGUGGAGAGGGAGAGAAGGAGGAGCUUCCUGCCCUCGCCAGCAAAUUACCUGGCCACUUAAUCCCAGAGACUCCCGUACUUGGGCCCCAGCCUCUGGCACCGACAGCCCCCCAGCCAGCCAUCCUCUCCCCCGCCCUUUCUGACCCCGCUCGCCCCCCGGGGCCUGCCUGGGUGCCGAGACUGGCAUGAUCAGCUGAACUUCGCGGGGUUAGCGCUUCUCUCUGGCUUCCCCCUCUGCGGUGAGGAGGCGAGGGGAGCGCAGAGCCCCGGCUCAGGACGGACAGACAGGCAGACCGACCACCGCGUCCAGGCUCGCCUGCUGAGCCGCUGCACUCCCCACCCCAACCCGCCUAGCCUCCGGGACCAUGUCCAAACCUUCAGACCACAUCAAGCGACCCAUGAAUGCCUUCAUGGUAUGGUCCCGAGGCCAGCGGCGCAAGAUGGCCCAGGAAAACCCCAAGAUGCACAACUCAGAGAUCAGCAAACGCCUAGGUGCCGAGUGGAAGCUUCUGUCCGAGGCAGAGAAGCGGCCGUACAUCGAUGAGGCCAAGAGGCUACGCGCCCAGCACAUGAAGGAACACCCUGACUACAAGUACCGGCCGCGGCGCAAGCCCAAGAACCUGCUGAAGAAGGACAGGUAUGUCUUCCCCCUGCCCUACCUGGGCGACACGGACCCGCUCAAGGCGGCCGGCCUGCCCGUGGGGGCCUCCGACGGCCUCCUGAGCGCGCCCGAGAAAGCCCGGGCCUUCUUGCCGCCCGCCUCGGCGCCCUACUCCCUGCUGGACCCCGCGCAGUUUAGCUCGAGCGCCAUCCAGAAGAUGGGUGAAGUGCCCCACACCUUGGCCACCGGCGCGCUGCCCUACGCGUCCACCCUGGGCUACCAGAACGGCGCUUUCGGCAGCCUCAGCUGCCCCAGCCAGCACACGCACACGCACCCGUCCCCCACCAACCCGGGCUACGUGGUGCCCUGUAACUGUACCGCCUGGUCUGCCUCCACCCUGCAGCCCCCCGUCGCCUACAUCCUCUUCCCGGGCAUGACCAAGACUGGCAUAGACCCCUAUUCGUCAGCCCACGCCACGGCCAUGUAACCCCCAUCCCGGCCUGCCAGACCUGGAGGGCGGCCUGGAAGCGGGGUCUGCACCCUGUUCUCUGCGCCUAGCCGGGGCCUGCAGAUGCCCCCUACCCUACCCCAGACUCUGCCUCUCUCUCUUGCACGGGAAUGGUAGGGGCGUCCCGCCGGACCCAAGGCGCAGACAGGUGCCAGAAACUUGUGAACGGUUAUGACAGCUAUACAGCUGCCCCUACCGCGACAGCCCCAAAACGAACCUCCAACUGUGCCCUCUUUGGACAAAAAAAGUAGGCAAUUUUGCUUUAUUUAUGUCCCCUUCUCUUUACUCUGAUGGGCUUUGGACUCCAGAACUCCCAGACCCUGGUAUUAUAUCUAGAAUAUGCAUAUUUUUUUUCUUUUGCACCCUGAAGAAAUAGCUGUCUCUUGUGUUUUGCCAUCAGACACAACUAGGUGCCAUUUGCUCUUCAUGUGUGGGGGGAAAGGCUUAAAAGUUUAAAACCACAGAAAGGAAAACAUUUCUAUUUAAAAUCAUGCUAUGAUAGUGUUUGCUUCUUUAAAAGGUAUAACAAAAGGACCCACAUGGUUAUUUACUUUGUAUAAAGCAGUGCUCCUAGAGACCUGUUUACUUUUAGACAGAAUGUCAGGUUAUAAAGUCAGGAAGUAGAAAGUGAACAAAAAUUUAAAAAAUAAAUAAAAACAUCCUCAAUGGUCAUAAAUGUUUUGACAAUGUCUUGGAAAUGUACCUAGAAGGAUUUCACCUCCUUACUCUGUUCAUUUGUUGAACAAAGAUGUUUUGAAUAAAGACAAUCUG